AUGAUUGUAAAGGAUGAAUUGUUUGAUGAGAGUAAUUGUAGGAAGAUCAGAUCUCGGGAGAUUGAAUCGAUUGGCGGGGUGGGUACUGGGGGGGGCAGCAGAGUGGGUGGAUCCGAAAAGUCGGGUAGGGGUUUUUGGGCGGGGUUGGGUAGGAGGGGUGAGGGAGUUAUGGAGGAGUUCGAGGAAUCCUCCAUUUGGGCGUCUGGGGUUUGGGAUUUGGUGCAACCGGUCUUCGUAUAG